UAAAUCUAUAUUGAAUAAUAUUCUAAUUAGCAUAGAGGUAUAACCUGGUAGUUAUUAUUAAACUAUUUUAACAAUGACAAACAUUUACUAGGGCAUAGAUUUGAUUGCGAAAAAUUUGAAUUUGAAGCGUUCAGGGAGAAAUAGAAUUCUUUAACUGUCCCUUUUGGAUUAUUUUCUGGUUUAUUUACCUAUUUCCUAAUUAGGAAGUCUAAUUGAAUUUAUUUGCAAGCAAAUUUAAAUUAAUAUAACUUUUUUGAACCAGUACUUUUCAGAAACCAGCUUUUACAAAUCGAAAAGGGGUUCUUCUAUAUAUUUAGGAACACAUAUAUAUAAUCUUCAGAUAAACCAAAAUGCUGAGUUUCCGACCUUACGGUACGGAGGAAACCAGAGUAGUAAGUGAUCUAUCAAGGUUUGAUUUUGAACAAGUUACAAGAAGUCGAUCACGAAAUACAACCCCAACGUCAUUAGAUGAAGGUGACGAUAAAAGCAGUCAAUUUACAUUAGACAACAUCAUACCGUACUACAAUUCAACUCAAAGGUCGGAUAGACCUCAAUACCGUUACCCUGAUCAACAUCAACAACAACCUUCUCUGAAGACAUUACUUCAAAUAGCAGAAGAGCAUCCUGACUUAUAUCAUUCUAAGAUAAGACCACCUCCACCCCCCAAAGAUCAAAUGGGGAGAUCAAAAUCAACUAAAUCAUUUUCACCAUACCCACCAUCUGUAUUUAUGAGUGUACCAUAUGAGAGAACUAAAUUCAGAGAUGACUUACCUCCUGAAAUGGAACCAACUGAAUAUAUAAAUCAACAACAGAAUGAUAAUAAUAAUAAUAAUAAUAUACAGGGAAUUGAGAGACCUAAUGAUGAUUUACAAAGCAUAAAUGCAAAACUGAAACAGUUAGAAGAAGAUUUAGUACGUAGAGUUAUGAAUCAACCCUUAUAUACUUUCCCUGGUUACGAAUUAGGGAUUCCAAAAUAUGAAAAUAGAGAUGUCAUGAUAUCAGUGAAUGAAGUUGUAUAUUUCAUUCAGAUGAUAUUCAAUAUCAUAGUCAUAGUGUUAGCAUCAAUCUUAUCUAAUAUUGAUCAUGAUAUUUCAGCUGGGUUUUAUAGAUAUUUCAUUGCUGAUUCAAUUUUAUCAUUAUUAGUAUGUUUCAUGUUCAUUGCCAAUAUAAUUAAUUUUGAAAAAAGAAAUGGUAGUUUCUAUUGUUUAACGGCAUUAUUGAUGAACUUAGCAUCAUUCAUCAUGGUUCUUUCUUAUAUCAUACCGAAAAGACAUUGUCCUAGUACUUCAAUAUGUAAUAUGAGAUAUGCAAGUUCAUCAUUCAUAAUAUUUUCCACUUUAAUCUGGUUAUGCGAAAUGGUGGUAUUCUUAACUACAUUAUAUAUAUCAAGACUUAAUUUAUUGGACGAAAUCAAUUUUGAUUUCAGUAAUCAAGGAAUAAGUAGAAAUUACAAUAACAAUCAAAGAAACUUAUCCCAAGAUACUUUAAUUCAAGAGAGUACACCCAAAGAAUUAAGACAACGACAACGUGAACGAGAAAAGCAACAAAGAAAAGAAGAGGAAAUGGCAGUUAAAGAACCUCCUUUGAAAGAAUAUUACCUCAAUGAGAAAGGAGAAAUGUAUGAAUUACUGAAUGAGCAAGAGAAGGAACAACAUAAAGGUAAAAAUAAGAUCUUGGUAUAUACGUUUUAGAUAUAUAGAAACCAUUUAGAAUAAAUGUUGCAACCCUCGGCGGCAAAAAAAAAAAGAGAAAAAUAAAUAUUGCAAAAAAUGUAAACAAAAAA